CUAGACUUCGACUUUGGUCGCUGGACUUGCGGGUGUAUGCGAGACGACUGACUACCUCAGCGUCGACGAUUAGAUGGUAGCGUCGUUGUCGUUGUUGUUGUCGUCAUCGUCGUGGGUCCUGUCUACAAUCAUUCUUGUCAAAACUCCAUCGCCGAUCUUUCCUCACAAUCCUCAUCAAGGUCCUCCUUCUAGUGAAGAAAUUGGGUCGCUUUAGCUUGGGUGGUUUCAGUACUGCUCCGAUUGACGGGUCUCGCGGCGAUUGUAGUAGCCCUAGCACUGGAGCUCGCGUUGGCGGAAACAUCCGGCGAGAAGGGUAUAUGGGUACCCGUAGAGCAGGGAUUUGGGGAACAUGUUCGAAAUCAUUUUGGUGAGGGGAAAGAAGUUGUGGUGAUGAAGGGAGCUCUCACUCAUAUCGACUUGCCCAUCCGGGCUCGUCUCUCUCGGACGUCGCAGCGCGCUGCGGACGGAAUGAAGAAGCUGAUGCAGGUGCCGUUCUCCUUGGCCACCAUGGAGCGUAAGUGGCUGUCACCACUGUUGGCCAGUACUAUGAUCUCAAUUCUGCUGCUGCUCUUAGCCACGCUCAAUUUGGGCUACCGCGGCCACCACCCUAGCAUUGGAACCAACCGGAUGGAUCCUAGCCGGGCCCAGAACGUGCAGGAAAUCACGGAGGAGGAGCAGAUGGCAGGGCUGCCUCCCCCGCCCAAGCUCGCCUACUUGAUCUCAGGCACUAAGGGGGACGGCUUUCGGAUGCAGCGGACACUCCAAGCGUUGUACCACCCGCACAAUUAUUACCUCUUGCACUUGGACCUUGAAGCUCCCGAGAAAGAAAGGAUGGAUUUGGCGGUGUACGUGAAGCAUGAGCCCGUGUUUCAGGAGGCGGGGAACGUGUUUGUGGUUGGAAAAGCCAAUUUGGUGACUUACAAGGGGUCUACGAUGAUUGCUACGACGUUGCACGGGGCUGCUAUCUUGCUUCGGAAAGCUAAGGAUUGGGAUUGGUUUAUUAAUCUGAGCGCGUCCGAUUAUCCUCUUAUUACUCAAGAUGAUCUUCUCCAUGUUUUCUCCUACUUACCGAAGGACCUUAAUUUCAUUGAGCACACGAGUGACAUCGGCUGGAAAGAGGAGCAGCGGGUGAAGCCCAUCAUCAUCGAUCCUGGGCUAUAUCAGAAAACCAAAACUGACAUCUAUUGGAUGACACAGAGGAGAGCUGUGCCUUCUGCAUUUCGUUUGUUUACAGGCUCAGCAUGGGUUGUGCUCUCUCGCUCUUUCAUAGAAUACACUAUCAUGGGCUGGGAAAAUCUUCCACGCACGGUACUGAUGUACUACGCAAACUUUGUGUCAUCACCCGAAGGCUACUUCCACACUGUGCUUUGUAACAGCCAGGAGUUUCGCAACACAACUGUAAACCAUGACCUUCACUUUAUUGCCUGGGACACCCCUCCCAAGCAACACCCAUUGUCUCUCACUGUCAAAUUCUUCAAAGACAUGAGCAAUAGUGGGGCGCCUUUUGCCCGAAAAUUUAACAAAGAUGAUCCGGUGCUGGAUAAAAUCGACGCUGAACUUUUACACCGGAAGAAGCAUGGAUUCAGCCCUGGUGGCUGGUGCGUGGGACCAGAUGAUAAUCCGUGUUCAGUUCGGGGAGAUUACUCGUUACUGAAACCUGGACCCGGUGCUCGCAGGUUUGAGGAUCUUGUUGUCCGCCUUCUGUUACCUGAAAACUUUCGAUCCCGCCAAUGUGUCGGGGUUUGAAGGUCCAGCAUUAGAAGGUGUUAGAUGAAGUUCGCGUUUCUCUGGGAAAAGGGGGGUUUCUGGAGGACGUGGACUUUGGAAAGGAGGAGGUAUGGUUGCCUAAGCAUCUUCAGAGGGCUGUUGCAUUCGAGGUGGAAUUGAGAAGUUAGAAUUCCUCAGGCUCGUGUGGAAGACUCUCUGCCUCCUAGAGAAGAAUUUGCACUCUCUCCGGGUUCUAUGCACCUUCAAUCAACUUCGUCGUCUGAUGCCUGCCAUGAACAGAUUAUGUCGCAGAUGUUCCAGCACCCUUUGGAGUGCUUGCGGUGAUGACUGCAUUCGCUUACUACACCUUUACUCUUCACUUCGAUGAGCUCUUAGUGACUGCCUCAAUAGGCACGAGUUUAUGAUUGUAGAUUCCAUUUUCUCGCGUAUCUUGCGUAGUUCAUUUUCCGCAUGAAGUGCCUGCUAUGAAGUGAAAGCAGGUGCGAGGAAGAAUGCACAAGUACUAUGUUCAUAUUAUUAUGUAGCGGAUAACAGAAUAUUUCCUGAAGAUGUUUCACUUCAGAGUGUCAGGAGCAUCAGCUGCAAGCAAGGCAGAAGUAUACAAGGAAGUACUUGUGGAGUGGUUAUCACAUUUGGUCAAGAAAUGCAGCAACAAUCAACAUAUUCUAGGUUCCUCCUCCAAUUCGCACAGAGCUAUAGGUGUUAAAUUUUGAAAUAGACCUGUAAUUCAACAUUUUAUCAACUUUUAUGUUGCACCUACAUCUUCUUUGCAAAGUACUCAUGAGCUGAUGUAGGAGACAGAAGUUAGCUGGUCACUUGGAUCUUUGGGUUCUGGAGUUUUUUUGCCAGAGAUGCCUUACCUGGAUCAGGAUAUUGAUUAUGAGCCAGCAGUUAA